AUGCGGACCCCAACAGCCAUGAUUGUGGGCAUUGUGCUAUGUCCCUGUGGCCUUGUCCUGAAUCUGACUAGCACUCUGGCUCCCAGCUGGAGGGACGUGAGCCGUAUCCCCAGCGGCCCUCUGGACCUGAUCCAGCACCAAGGCAUCUGGGACAUCUGCGAUGAGUACCAAGGCACCAGCCAGACCCAAUGCGGCAUCAAGGACAGCCUCGACUACUUUACCCAGCAGCCUGUGCAAGUGGCAAAGGGGCUCAUGCCCUCCUCUGUGGUCGUCACUGUCCUGGGCCUGGUUGUGGCUUCCCUGGGCGUGCGCUGCUGGCAGGACAUACCCCAUUACCUGCUGGCUGGGCUGGGUGGCCUAGUGCUCUUCAUUUCGGGACUGAUGAGCCUAAUUCCUAUCUCUUGGUAUAAUCACGAACUCAACAACCUGCCUGUCAUUUCUGGCAGUACCCUGCAGGUGGGCUACUGCCUGGUACUCGGCUACCUGGGUAGCUGCCUGGAAAUUAUUGGGGGCCUCUCCCUUACGCUCAGCUUUGGUCAUUGCUGCAAGGAACGCAAGCGGAAGAAAGCUGCUGUGGAUUACAGCUACCCACCCAGUCGGCAGCAGGGCCCAGCAACCAUAGCCGCCAUCUCCCCCUCCAUUGAUGGCCGAGAGUUCGAGCUGUACGACCGGACUUCAACGCCCAAGUCCUACACCAACUCCCUGGAUGUACUGGAAGGCGAGAGUGUCAGUAACAGGAGCAGGCUUCCCUGCGACUCGGAUUUAUAG